AUGUCCCACCUAGACAGCAGUAGUACAAGGGAGUCUACCCCGUCACAUUCAACCACACCAUCCCAUCUUAGAUCAUCAACAAGCCUAGACAUAGAUCAGUCCACACACAAGCGAAAGAAACCAAACCAUACAUCUAGUACUGUUUCUGAAUCAGUCAUACUCCAGCUAAACGAAGCAAAGAAUUCAAGUUAUGCCGUGGUAGAUAUCGUUUUAUCUGGUGGUGAAUUAGCGCACUCAUAUAGUCUAUACUAUCGCCAAAUUGAAAACCUAUGUCGAUUUAAACAUAUUGAACAAAGCCAAUUGACACAAGUGUUGUAUGAUAAGUUACUGACCUAUUUUAAUACUCAGAUCAAACCAGAAAUAGACAGAAUAUUAAGUGGGGAGAAUGAUGAACAAACCAUGAGCGAGUUUUUAAUGUUAUUUAACCAGUAUAAUGAAAAGCUUCGCAUAUUGGCUCGGUUGUUUCUAUAUUUGGAUAAGAAUUACUUGCUACAACAUUCAACCAAGAAAACUAUUAUUGAAUAUGGGUUGUUUUUGUUUGUUGAAUACGUAUUGAAUAAUGAAACUGGUUCAAAUCAAUUAUCAAGAAUAUUGUUACAUAAGCAUGACAAACUACUUCGUACACAAAGAGUGAGUAAUACCAUUAAUCCUGUAACCCAGCAGUUGACAAAACUACUUAUAAAACUUCAUUCAACUCGUACACCGCCUACAUUUGAAUUCAACUUAACGUUAAUUCUGAAGAUUAUCGAUCAUUAUAAUGAAUUGAAGGAAACUUGGAGAUGUCAACCAAAUUAUAUUAUUACUGUAUUUCAUCAUAUGAAUCAAGAAAUUGGGUAUUUCAAGACAUGCGGGAAGGAUAAAGAGUUUAUACAAAUGUUGUUAAUGAAACUUCGGUGGAACUUGAUCUUCUACGAUUUCAACAAUGUUAUACGUCAUGAAUUGCCCGAACUCAUAAACAAGCCAGAGUUGAAGCUUCUUUAUCUGUAUUGUAAAAUUACAGAAGCUGAUUAUAAUUAUGAUUCAAUGUCAAUAUUUGUUUAUGAGGUUGGAUGUUUUCUAAUGGAUGAAUUUGAAAAGGUGAUACAGAAUUCACGAACAGAUGGUAAGUCAGUAAUUCCUACAUUAGUUGAAUCAUACAGUUUUUAUACUGAGAGUUUAACCAAACUUGGGGAAUCAGACUCGCUUGAAUUUGAACUUCGAAAUUCCCUUUCUAGAGCAGUGAAUACCGCGGGCAACAAUACAUACAUUAUAUCCCAACUAUGCAAAAAUAUAGACUCAUAUUUCAAGAAACCAGAAAAUUUUCCAAAUUUUGAGUAUAUCAUGAUUAUUUUUAAAGCUAUUAGCAACAAGCAUGAAUUUCUUAUGUUUUACAAGAAAGAUUUAUCAAAGAGAUUACUAUUAAACAAGUCUAAUGUUAAGGAUGAAGAGAAAUUAGCAUUGGAAUUCCUUGCUGAGAUUGGAGAAUCUGAUGAAGAUAGUAUUUCACUUAAAGUCAUGUUCAAUGAUUUGCAAUUGUCAGCUAGUGAAUAUCCCCAAUUGGCAAGUGCAUCAGAUUUUGAGUUUGUUCCUUUAGUUUUAGAAAAGAAGCACUGGCCUUCUCCAUUGUAUGAAGAGCUCACCAUUACUUUACCCAAUAAUUUCCAAGAAAUUCUUGACACUUUCACUACCAAAUAUUGUGAAUUAGGCGAAAAGUUUAAACUGAGGAAAUUGGAUUGGAAUAAUUAUAAAUUGCAUCAAAUAAUCAUUAUCGGACACUUUCAUGAGGACAUUGAAAUUCAAUGUAAUUUACUUCAAGCGGUGGUUAUAAUUUUAUUUAACGAGAAGCACAACUACACUUUAACGGAAUUGAACCAACGUACUUUAAUGGACGAACGGUUAUUACGACAAGUGUUAGAUACUCUUGUAUCCAAGAAGUUGGUCAUACAAACAGAAGGCAGCUUCAAAUUGAAUUCACAUUUUACGUCCAAAUCACGAAAAAUUAAACUUGCCAUGCUUAAAGAUAAGCCAACGGAUAUGACAGUGACCAUGUCCAUGGAAAGAAAUAGACAAGAAGAAUACAAAGCCACUAUUGUUAAAGUUAUGAAACAACAUGAGAAAUAUUCUAUGACCAAUUUGCUUCAAGAUUGUCUUGAUUUACUACACAAGCGUAACCCCACAGCUCUGGUUCAUGACUUGAAAGCAUGUAUUGAUGUGCUUAUAACUAACGAGUAUUUGAAACGACAAGAUCAAGAUACAUUAAUCUAUAUAGCGUAG